UGCGCUCUGUGCGCUCCGUGUGCUCUGCCGCCGCUGUGGUCGCCAUGCCCACCGCCUGGUGCUCCGUUGCUCUAGCCCUGCUCAUGGCCUUGCAUGAAGGCAAGGGCCAGGCCACUGCUACCCCAGAGCAGCUGGCGCCUUCGCCGCGUGCCCGAGGCUCCCACCUGCGAUCUCGGCGUUGCUCCUGCAGCUCCUGGCUCGACAAGGAGUGCGUCUACUUCUGCCACCUGGACAUCAUCUGGGUGAACACUCCCGGACAGACAGCUCCUUACGGCCUGGGAAACCCGCCAAGACGUCGGCGCCGCUCCCUGCCAAGGCGCUGUGAAUGCUCCAGUGCCAGGGACCCCACCUGUGCCACCUUCUGCCAUCGAAGGCCCUGGGCUGAAGCCGUGGCAGUCCCACACAGUGAGGCCCCUACAGAGGUGCUCCAGGCUGGUGAGACACGGACCGUUGCAGGAGAUCUCCUCCAGCAGCUGAGGGACAUUUCUGCAGCCAAGAUCCGCUUUGCUAGGCGACAGCAGGAGGCCACGAGAGCGCCCAGGCCUGCACACUCCAGGCAGGGGAAGAGAUAGCACCAGGAGCUGGGGGAACAUUGCGAAGGAAGCGUGUGUGGAGACAGGAGGCGAGGGGCGGCCCAGGCCUGGGGGACCCUCCGCCUGUUUUCUAGGCCAGGAGACCCAUCUGCUGGGAUUGGCACAAGCCCUGGCCCCCCGGUCCUGGCAAGGGGGCCGCCCUCGAGGCAGCUUCAUGCCCUGGCACUGCCUGGGAAAGCCCUCAGCCCCAGGUUGCGGAGCGGCCUCCCACGCUGGCUCAGGCCCCACAGCCCUGCUGAAAGGGACCAUGUGCGGAGUGCGCUCGCCUGGGGGCCGCGUCCCGAGAGGAGUCCUGUCGGCUGCAAACCAGGAGUGAUGUGCAGUAGCGGAUGCUCACACCUAAGCCAGCCCUGGAGGCCAGACGGGGCUGCCCAAGGGCUGGUGUCCUGGCCGGUCCCCGUCUGUCCCCUCCGGCUCUCCCUCCCCAGAAUCCUUGUCCCCUCAUACCCUUGGGACACUCCCGGUGAAAAGGGCCUGCUCUGUUUUACCUGUCUGUAUAUAACUUAUUUGCUCUGAGAACUUGGAGAAUUCCAGUUAUUUAUUUUUGUGUAUUUUUUUAGACUCUCAAUUAUUUACCUGCAAACUUGUGUUUGUAAUAAAUAAGGAAAUGACA